AUGAAGACCGUCACUGGACCAGAUGGCUUCUUUGGAAACUGUGUUGCUUUCAUCUUGACUAUGGAAUAUCAGAAGAGAGGCCUGCCUCAUUUCCAUUGUCUGCUUUGGCUUGAUGAAGCGAGUAAGCCAAGACCUCAACAAUAUGAAAGAUUUGUGCAAGCUGAAAUUCCAGACCCACAAGCAGAUCCUGAGCUGCACAAAUUGGUACUCAAGCACAUGAUCCAUGGACCGUUCUGCAAGGCCACAUCUCGAUGUUGGAAGGAAGGAAGAGGCACCAAGAGAUUCCCAAAGCCAUUUGUCGAAAGCACAAUGUAUGGAGAUGAUUCGUAUCCUCUGUACAGGAGAAGAUCUCCCGCAAUGGGAGGAUUUCAGGGACAUCAAGAAGGACGUUCGUUACAGACUAUUACUUCUAAUUGGGUUGUGCCCUAUAAUGCAGAACUAUUGAAGGCUUUCAAAUGUCACCUCAACGUCGAAAUAUGCUGCUCUGUACAGUCAAUCAAAUACGUCAUCAAGUACACCUUGAAGGGAUGUGAUCAGGCAGCUUUUGGAAUUAACGUAAAUGACGAGAUUAAACAGUACCAGACUGGCAGAUACAUUGGUCCUUCAGAGGCAGGGGCAUCAGUCCUUGGAUUUCUUACUCAUGAGAGACACCCCCCUGUCAUUCGACUUGAUGUACAUCUACCAGACCAACAACAAGUAUUUUUUGAUGCUGCUCAGCAAGGGAUGAAUGAUGGAAUUGCGAGAACCACUUUGACUGAAUUUGUUCGAUUGAGUUCUGAAGAUCCGUUUGCAAGAACACUAUUGUACGUUGAUGUACCUCGAUUUUAUACAUGGAGCAGCAAGAGAUGGCAAAGAAGGAAGGUUGGGAAGAGAGUGGAUAACUUCCCAGGUAUUUUUGAAGUCAACGUCCUUGGACGAAUACAUGUCAUUUCUCCAAAACAAGGUGACCUCUUCUACAUGAGACUGCUUCUGCAUCACGUGAAAGGACCAGUGUCUUUCGAGUCCUUGAAGACACAUAAUGGAGUAAUUCUUCCUUCCUUCAAAGACGUCUGCAGAGAAAGAGGUUUGUUGGAAGCUGACGACCAUUGGCAACACACAAUGGAAGAUGCUGAAAUGACAAGACUCCCCAGGGCAAUCAGGGAUUUGUUUGUUGUUCUGCUGACAAAUACUGACAUCAACGAUCCUCUACAAUUAUGGGAUCGCUUCAAGAAUUGCAUGUCUGAGGAUUACCUUGAAAGCGAGCGAAGAAGAAAAAGUGAUCAGAAUAUCACAAUUAAUGACAGACAUCAUGAUCAGGCUCUGUUUUAUAUUCAGGACAAGCUUGAGAAUUGCAACACCACACUGGAAAAUGUUUCCUUGCCCCGACCAAGAAAUGAAAGGAUGGACAUUGAUGGUGAAAAUGUUGAUUUACUUAAUGAAUUGAAUUACAAUAGAUCAGAACAACAGCGAUUUGUUGAUGAGAAUGAGCCUCUGCUGAAUGCUGAGCAGAGAGAAGUUUAUGACCAUGUGUGCGACUGCUUGCAAAGGGAUCUAUCUUCAAUGAUUUUCAUUGACUCACCAGGAGGAACAGGAAAAGCAUUUAUCAUAAAUUUGAUCCUCUCCACGGUUAGAGCUCAAGGUCAAAUUGCCAUUGCUGUAGCAUCGUCUGGUAUCGCAGCCACGUUAAUGCCUGGUGGAAGAACUGCACAUUCUCGAUUCAAGAUACCUAUCCAUGUGACGGAGGAUUCAACGUGCAACAUCAACAGCAACUCUAAAACGGGAGAUUUCUUCAGGAGAGUGAAGCUCAUUGUUUGGGAUGAGUGUCCAAUGAUUAGGAGGGAGUGCUUUGAAGCGGUGGACAGAACUCUUCAAGAUGUAUGCCGCAAAAAGGAUAAUUUUGGCGGAAUUCUUACCAUUUGUUGUGGUGAUUUUAGACAACUCCUUCCUGUAGUGAAGAUGGGAAGUGAUAUUGAUGUUCAAAACGCCUGCAUCAAGACAUCGUACUUGUGGCGGACUUUCACAAAGUUUGAAUUGAAGAGAAAUAUGCGAUUGAGCGAAGGAAAGGGUGAGUAUUCUAAAUUUUUGUUGGAUGUAGGAGAGGACAAGAUUGCAAAGAAUGAAGAUAAUGAAAUUAACAUUCCAGAAGACAUGGUUCUCUCAGCAAGAACACUGGAUGACUGCAUUGAUUAUAUCUAUCCAGCAUUUGACCACCCUGCAACAUUAUUCUCUAACAAUUGUAUCUUGGUUCCUCACAAUGAUACGAUGAGAAGAAUCAAUUCUGCGUGUGUCAGACGCUUCCCUGGAACCAUGAGGGAGUACUAUUCUUUCAAUUCUGUCACUGACGGAACAAAUUCAACUCACUUCCCAACGGAAUUCUUCGAUUCAGUCGAGAUCUGUGGAUUACCACCACACAAAUUGGAGUUGAAGAAAGGAUCUCCAAUUGUUUUAACCAGAAACUUGCAACCCCCAAAGCUAUGCAAUGGAACGAGGUUGAUUGUAGAACAGCUACACAAUAAUCUCAUAGUUGCUAGAAUCAACAUGGGGGCCCACAAAGAAGAGAUUGUUCUAAUUCCUAGGAUGAAGAUCAAUUUGUCAGAAGAUGAAAACAUUCCCAUUAGGCGGAGCCAAUUCCCUAUUCUGUUGAGUUUUGCGAUGACAAUUCAUAAGGCACAAGGACAAACCAUGGAGAAGGUCUUGAUAUACCUUGAGAAACCAGUAUUUCAACAUGGCCAACUAUAUGUAGCUCUUAGCAGAGGAAAGGUGAAGGGACAAGUAAAAAUGUUCCUGAAGGAUGGGACAUCAACCAGGAAUGUUGUAAUUAAACAAAUGCUUUGUUGAGAAAUGACUGCUGCAUUAAGUGCUCAAAUUUUCCUAAAGUCAAUGAAAGAACGCAAAACUGAAGGCAAAAAGCGAUGCAGGAAGGGACCGAAUGUCCAGAGUUUCGACACUUUCAAUUAUUGCUCCUCAGUUCAACAAGAGAUGUUUAACACAGGAAUCACAUUUCUGCACACAAAAGUUUAAAAUGCUGCCUCAGAAAAAGCUUCAAGGACACAUUAAGUGACAUGUAAAAUCUUACCAGUUGUAUUUGAUUUUUGGAUAGAAAGUUGCUGGAGCUGUUCUCAUGCUUCGCGAUAAAGCUUGCAGAUGGAUUAUUUGCUGCAGGAUAUAAAACUACAGGUUUGCACAUCUAGGGUAUAUGUAUCAGGUACAGUUCAAUUGUUGAGUCAAUUAUUGAGUAAAUGAUGAUUGCCGAGAUAUUGAUGUUUGAGGAUUUGGUGUUGGUAAAGGCAUUGCGUAUCAAGGUUAUGUGGUUAAUUUCUGCCGUGUAAGAAAUUAUCGUUACCUUUUCUGUUGUUUGACAUGAGUGUUACUUUCCACUUUGGUCUAUUGUCGAGUUAUUUUGUUUGUAAGCAUUGACUGCAUUUUCUCAGGAGUUGCAGUGGAAUUGAAAAUUCUGUAACCAUCAGUGAAAAUCAACUUCAGAUCUUAAGGUCAGUAUUUGAAAUUAUUUCGGACCUGUGGAUUGUUUUUGUUUUAUCCUUGAUACAAAUUUACUUUAGUUUUAUCAGAAUGCCCUAACACCAUUCAAAUGCUGCCUUUUUGUCUAGAGCUGUCACUGUCGCCUCAUUUCUGGAUCCGAGAUAUUUAGACUGAACGUCUUUGGGAUCUGUGAGAAAUAAAUGAAGGACAGUAGGGAACAAGCAACACAACAAGAAAUUGAUAGAAAACACCGACAUUGGUAUAUGAUACAAAAUCUCUUUUUUAUUUGUAUGUUGAUGGAUAGAAUUUUAUAAAUAUCUACAUUGUAAUAAAUAUCUCCUUUUUUAAAAUUCAUGCCCAGAAGCAGGAGCUAACAAGUUGCAUGAUGGUCAAUGGACACUGUAAAAGAUGUUGAGAAGCAGUAUGGAGCAGAAGUGAACAAGAGACAGAACAAGAAAGGACUGAACCUCUUGAGGAGCUUCAAAAAAUAAUGGAAGUUUGCAUGGAACAAGAGACACAACAAUAACCUUCCAAAUUACAUACAAAAUGGUACAUAAUUGUGUAAUGUGUU